AUGCCCAUUGCUCUGAGUCCUUCCGAGGCGUUGCCCUUGCCAAAGUGGGAGAGGCCAUCUAAGACAUCGCAUGACCUCCCAUGGGCCGAUAUAAAAGUCCUGGACCUCUCAACCUUUGACGAACCCGGCGGCAAGGAGAAACUCGCUGAAGAGCUACGGGAUGCCGUCCACAACACCGGCUUCUUCAGCGUGACAGGAACAGGCUUCACAGACGAAGAGGUCCAGCGGCAAUACGACAUCGGGCAGGCCUUCUUCGCGCUGCCGCACGAGGAGAAAGCCCAGGCGCAGUACAAGUGCGACUUCGCAAACGGCAACUACUUCGGGUACCGCGAGCUGCACGAGCGGACCGUGUACGGGACCGACGUGCGCGACAACGUCGAGUCGUACAACCACGCCAAGUUCACAGCGGCCUACGACGCAGAGCCGCGGCACCCUUUCUUCACGCCGUACCGGCCGGAGAUCGAGGCCUUCUCGCGCAAGGCGCUGGGCGUCGCCUCGCGGGUCCUGCGGCUGUUCGCGCUGAUCCUCGAGCUGCCGGAGGGCUUCUUCGCGGACGCGCACCGCUACGAGGACCCGUCCGACGACCACCUGCGCUACAUGUGCUACCACCCGCGGGCGGCGGCGGACGACGCGCGGGUCGGCAACACGUGGGCGCGGGCGCACACCGACUUCGGGUCGCUGACGCUGCUGUGGAGCCAGAACGUCGCGGGGCUGCAGAUCCGGGCGGCGGACGGCGGGUGGCGGUACGUGCCGCCCGUCGACGGCGGCAUCGUGUGCAACGUCGGCGACACGCUCGACUUCUGGUCCGCGUCGUACCUGCGCUCCACGACGCACAGGGUCACGCGGCCGCCGCCCGACCAGAUUGGUGGGAACAGGCUGGGGCUGUUUUACUUUGUGCGGCCGGGUGAUGAUGUGGAUAUCAAGCCUGCGCCGUCGCCGCUUCUCAAGAGGUUGGGGCUGGUCGGUGAGAAGCCGGAGGAGGCGGCGCCGGUGAAGGGGCUGGAGUAUGUGCGUGCGAGGGUCAAGGAUUACCACAACAACUCUGAUUACGGGGACCGCAAGGGCCAGACUUUUAAGGUGGGCAACCUGGAAAUCGUCGAUGAGGCGGUUUGA